AGCUAGCAAAACCAAUCAAACCAAGUCCUUAUCUUUCACCAUAUUAUAUAUUCUCCAUCUUUUUAAACCCAUCACAUACUUAUAAUUACUCCAAAACACAAACACCCCAAUAAUUUCUCACCUUUAAAACACAAAAUCAUCAUCCAAACCCAAAAAAUAAUAAAAAAAAAAAUGUAUAGAUUAAGUAACACAGUAAUAGGUUUCCUAAACCUAUUUUCACUCUUAGCAUCAAUACCAAUAAUAGGAGCAGGAUUAUGGAUGGCAAAAGACAGUACAACAUGUGAAAACUUUCUUCAAACACCAUUACUCAUAAUAGGGUUCAUUGUACUUAUAAUCUCUUUAGCUGGUUUUGUAGGUGCAUGUUUUAAUGUUGCAUGGGCUCUUUGGGUUUAUUUAGUGGUUAUGUUGUUGCUUAUAUUGGGUCUUAUGAUUAUAACUGUGUUUGGGUUUGUGGUUACUUCUCAAGGAGGUGGUGUUGGUGUGCAAGGAAGGGUGUAUCGAGAGUAUGAGUUGAAGGAAUACUCUUCUUGGUUAAGGGAUAGAGUUAAGGAUCCUAAUUAUUGGACUAAAAUUAGAGGGUGUAUUUUGGGGUCUAAGACUUGUGCUAGUCUUGGUGCUUGGACUCUUGUUGAUUAUCUUAGGAAUGAUAUGACUCCUGUUCAGUCAGGAUGCUGUAAGCCACCAACAUCAUGCGUAUACGACUCGACAACAGUAAUGAUGGAUCAGGAUCCGGAUUGCUUUAAAUGGAAUAACAACCCGAAUGUAUUAUGCUACGAAUGUGAUUCUUGUAAGGCAGGUGUGCUGGAGACUAUUCGAAGGGAUUGGCAUAAACUCUCGGUCUUGAACGUUGUUGUGCUCAUUUUGCUCAUUGGCAUUUACUGCAUCGGUUGUUGUGCCUUCCAAAAUACCCGUCGGGCUGAUACCGAUUACCCGUAUGGUCAUAACCGCAUGACUAAAGUCCGCCCCAGAUGGGACUUCUACUGGUGGAGGUGGUGGCGUGAUAGGAGAGAACAACUUUGGUAGUUUAAUGAGCAACUUUUUUGAAAACAUUUCUUUAGUUUUGAUGGAUUUAAAAUUGUUGUUAAUUUUGAUGUUCAUGUGCAUGGUGCUUUGAUUUCUUAGUACAAACAAGGGGCAACCUAUUGUUUCCUCCUAAACUUGUAUGUAUUUAGAAUAGGGUUGUAUGCACUUUGGUUUUUGGUUACAAUUCUUGUAGGUGAAAGGAUAGAAACACCCCUAAUUAAAAUAAAGAAAUCAUUUGAAAAUUUAAAAUUGGUUUAAUUUCAAACUUAGAUUCGAUUUAAUUUUACCAUUACAUCAGAAAAUAUUACGAUAUUUAUAAACACGAAGACAUAAAAGAUCCAGCAUUUUCUAGGAGGAUCCACAAAUAUGGAGUGCAACAAGUGAAGCAUAUAGUCCAUCUUUAAUAUGAAGUAGAGUUUCAUGGUUCCCUUUCUCAGCAACUACACCAUUCUUAAUGACAGCAAUCACAUGAGCAUUUUUGAUUGUGGAAAGCCUAUGAGCAACAACGAUGGUGGUCCGAUUCACCAUGAAUUGAUCCAAUGCGUCCUGCACUACUCUUUCCGAUUCAGCAUCAAGCGCGCUUGUAGCUUCAUCUAGUAAUAGUAUUCUCGGAUUCUUUAUUAUAGCACGCGCGAUUGCAACUCGUUGCUUUUGGCCUCCUGAUAGUUGAACUCCUCUUUCUCCUACUAAUGUAUCAUAGCCCUACAAUAUUUUUCAUAUUGAAAGUCAAAGGUUGCCAUUUGUUGAUUGGAA